AAGAAAAUGGAGAUCCUAAGGAAAGCCUGGAGGACUUCAUGGCUUCCGUGGGUUCAUUUCUAGGAAGAUUUCGCUUUACAUGGGGAAACCCCAAGCUCUACAGUGAGAAAGUUGUAAAUUAGCCUUUAGGAGACGCUGUUUGUCAGUUAUCUUAAGCCUGGAAAAGGGGAGGGAAAAAGCCAAAUAAGCAGUGACGACAUUGGCAGGAAAUCAGUAUCAGGCUACCCAGCCCAGUAGGAUCCAGUUUUCACUUCAACAGCCAGCAAGUCUUGAAGUCUCUUCCCGCGAAAUUGGGAGCUUCCUUGGACCUUGGAGCACAUAGAGGAUUCUACUUUCUUUAAAAUUUUGUUUUCAGGCAAUUUCCCUGAGAAUCGUUUACCUCCAGAGGAUUGGUGGAGCCUGAUCUGAAGCCUGGACAUGAGUUCUCAAGGUCCACAUUCAGAUAAAAACUGUAAAGGGAGCUUUCGUGAGAAACUUCUGAUUAUUGGUUCGAACCUGGGAGUCGAAGAUGUGGAGCACCUCAAGUUUCUCUGCAGAGACUUGGUCACCCACAAGAAGCUGGAGAAGUCCAGCUCAGCCUCAGAUGUUUUCGAACAUCUCUUGGCAGAGGAUCUGCUGAGUGAGAGCAGCCCCUUCUUCCUGGCUGAACUCCUCUAUAUCAUAGGGCAGAAGAAACUGCUGCAGUACCUCAACUACACCAAAGAGAAAGUGGAGCAUUUGCUGCCCACCCAAAGAAGGGUCUCUCUGUUCAGAAACCUGCUCUAUGAACUGUCAGAAGGCAUUGACGAAGAGAAAUUAAAGGAUAUGAUCUUCCUUCUUGGAGACUCUCUUCCCAAAACCGAAAUGACCUCUCUAGGGUUACUGGCAUUUCUAGAGAAACAACAUAAAAUAGAUGAAGAUAAUCUGACAGUCCUGGAGGACCUCUGCGAAAAGGUUGUACCUAACCUUUUGAGAAACAUAGAGAAAUAUAAAAGAGAGAAAGCUACCCAGAUAGUGAUACCUCCUGUAGACAAGGAAGCUGAGUCAUUGUAUCAAGGAAAGGAAGAACUGUUUUCCCAAACAGAAGUUAAAACAUUCUUGGAAGCCUUACCGGAGGAGCCCUGGAAAAAUAAGCAUGGAAGGAGUGAUGGUAACAGAGCCACAAAUGGUGCACCAAGCCUGGUCUCCAGGAGGAUGCAAGGAGCAUCUGCUGACCCUCCCAAUUUUGAAACCAGCACAAAGGCGGCAGCUGUGUACAGGAUGAAUCGGAAGCACAGAGGCCACUGUGUCAUUGUCAACAACCACAGCUUUACCUCCCUGAAGGAUAGACGAGGAACCUAUAAAGAUGCUGAGAUCCUGAGGCGUGUGUUCAACUGGCUUGGGUUCACAGUGUGCACAUACAAUAAUGUGACGAGAGGGCGCAUGGAGGAGGUCCUGCAGGAGCAGAAGUGCAAUCCAGAACAUGUCAAUGGGGACUGCUUUGUGUUCUGUAUUCUGACCCAUGGGAAAUUUGGAGCUGUCUACUCUUCAGAUGAGGCCCUCAUUCCCAUUCGGGAGAUCAUGUCUCACUUCACAGCCCUGCAGUGCCCUGGACUGGCUAAAAAACCUAAACUCUUUUUCAUCCAGGCCUGCCAGGGUGAUGAGAUACAGCCUUCUGUCUCCAUCGAAGCAGAUGCUCUGAACCCUGAGCAGCAGCCCACUUCCCUGCAGGGAAUACUGCAGGACAGUAUUCCUGUCGAGGCUGACUUCCUGCUUGGUCUGGCCACUGUCCCAGGCUAUGUAUCCUUUCGGGAUGUGCAGGAAGGCAGCUGGUAUAUUCAGUCUCUGUGUAAUCAUCUGAAAACAUUGGUCCCAAGACAUGAAGACAUCUUAGCCAUCCUCACUGCUGUCAACAAUGAUGUGAGUCAACGAGCAGACAAACAGGGAACAAAGAAACAGAUGCCCCAGCCUGCUUUCACACUAAGGAAAAAACUCAUAUUCCCUGUGCCCCUGGAUGAACUUUCAUUAUAGCAGAGAGUCUUUGUUGGUUCUUAGACUUCAAAUGAAUUAUUGGCUGCAUCCUCCAACCUCCUGCCCAGCACAGAAAUUGGCGGUCUUCACCUGUCAUUCUAGAAACAGGAAACACCCUGUUUUCUGACACAGUCAGUCUGUUUUUUUCUUUUUCUUUUGAUAAGUCUAAAUGUUAGAAAACUUUUUUUUUUUAAACUUUCUUUUUUUUGGAGACAGUCUCACUCUUGUCACCCAGACUGGAGUACAGUGGGGCAAUCACAGGUCACUGUAGUCUUGACCUCCUGGGCUCAAGCUAUCCUCCCACCUCAGCUUCCCAAGUAGUUGGGACUACAGAUGUAUAUCACCAUGCCUGGCUACUUUUUAUUCUUUAUUUUAUGUAGAAAUGGAGGUGUCUCACUUUGUUGCACAGGCUGGUCUCAAACUCCUGGGCUCAAGUGAUCCUCCCACCUCCACCCCCAAAAUGCUGGGUUUAUAGGCAUGAGUCACCAUGCCUGGCCAGAAAACUUUCAUUAUUGAAGACUUGGAUUGUAGCCUUGGUUUUGGAUGCGUACCCUGAAGAGAGAGUAGUUGGCCUUGGUUUGUGUAGGUACUGUGUUUUUGAGACAAGGUCACUUCAUCACCUGGGCUGGAGUGCACUGGUGGGAUCACAGCUCACUGCAGCCUUGACCUCCCAGGUUCAAGCAAUCCUCCCACCUCAACCUCCCAAGUAGCUAAGACUACAGAUGUGUGUCCAUGCCCAGCCAACUUUUGUAUUUUUUUUGUAGAGAUGGGGCUUCGCUAUGUUGCCCAAGCUAGUCUCAAACUCCUGGGCUCAAGCGAUCCUCCGACCUCAGGUUCUCAAAGUGUUGGGACUCCAGGCGUGAACCACUGUGCCUGGCCUGGGUACAUUUUAAGGUUCCUUGGUGCUCAAAGAACCACCGUUCUUAGCCGAGGCAGCUUAGAUUGCCUCUCUAGGCAACUGUCUCUUAGUUAUAAUUCUGUGUCCCCUCUGCAUGAACAUUGGACAAUGAGGUCACAGUUCACCCACUCCCUCCUCUGAUUUCCCCCUUCCUAAGACUUCUCUUCUACACAUCUGGUGAGGUGAAAAUUUGGUCUAUGCCAGGCCCAUUUCCUGCUUUUGUAUAAGGAAGGAGCUCACGCAGGAAGUUUUUCUUGGGUUGGAGACAGGUUUCCCUGUAGGAAGAUGAUGGCUCAUUUACACUCAGCUGCUCUGCAAGCAGAAACUUUACAGCCUGAUGUCAAAUUCCAUUUUGGACUGGGUGUGGUGGCUCGUGCCUGUAAUCCCAGUACUUUGGGAGUCCGAGGCAGGCGGAUCACUGAGGUCAGGAGUUUGAGACCAGCUCCAGUUUGGUGAUACCAAACUGACACUACCAAAAAGACAAAAAUUAGCCAGGCAUGGUGGUGGGCACCUGUAAUCUCUGCUACUCAGGAGACUGAGGCAGGAGAAUCUCGAACCUAGGAGGUGGAAGCUGCUGUGAGCCAAGAUCAAACCACUGCAUUCUAGCCUGGGCAACAGAGUGAGACCUUGUCUCAAAAAAAAAAAUUCUAUUUUGGGGUUGGAACCUUUCAGGGGCCAUUGACAGAACACCCAAUUCAAAUGGACUGAAGCAAAGAAGAGAAUUUAUUGCUGGUUCACAUGGAAACCCAGGAAUGGAUAGUACCUGCUUUAGGCAAAGCUUGAAUCAGGACUCAAUCUACAGGGCAGCACCUUUCUCUUGGCUGGAUUUCCUCAGGGCUGGCAGCUGUAGUGUAGACAGUGCCCACCUUGUCACUACUACUACAGUUUGCUCCUCUGGCCCAAGGGAUGAGGAGAGAGGCUGCCCCAGAGACUGAAGCUGUUCUCAGGAUCACUGGGCUCUUAUUGGCCCGAGGGAUGUCUGGCUUGCCUGAAGGGAAUGGCUUUGUAUGGAUGCCUUGAUGCUUUCUUCAUUAAGAUUUUGAACAUUUUUAUGUACUUGAGUUUUUUUUUUUCUAUUUAUAGAGGAAAUCUUUCUUUAAUUCCUGGAACCCUAUUUUGAAUCUUUGAAGGUGUGCCCUGGUAGGGAGAUCCAAAGUCCUGUGGUUAAUACCUUCCUUUAUAGAUAAGGCAGCUGAGGCCUGGGGAAAUGAACAACCUCACAGCCCUUGUUUACUGGAUUUUACUUCAGCCAGGUAAACUGGAAUGCCAUGGGGUGUGGCAGGACAUUAGGCUUUUUUUUUGAUAUGUAAAUCCUUAUAAAAAUAUAAAGGAAUGAAGAAAAACAACUCUCAGCCAUGCCUGAAUUUUUUUUUUUUUCUUUUCGAGACGGAGUUUCACUCUUGUUGUUCAGGCUGGAGUGCAAUGAUCUCAGCUCUGCCUCCCAAGUUCAAGCAAUUCUCCUGCCUCAGCCUCUCGAGUAGCUGAGAUUACAGGCACGUGCCACCACGUCUGGCUAAUUUUGUAUUCUUAGUAGAGACAAGGUCUCUUCAUGUUGGUCAGGCUGUUUUUGAACUCCUGACCUCUGGUGAUCUGCCUGCCUCAGCCUCCCAAAGUGCUGGGAUUACAGGUGUGAGCCACUGCAUCCGGCCUAUGGUGCCUGAAUUUAUAAUUAUUUAUGAGAAAGUCAAAUUUGUUUACAGUAAAUUUGCUCUAAGAAGUAUUCAUAAGAACACUGUUCUGGUGUCUCUGGUCGUCAUGUGGAUUUGAAUGUAACUUGACAGAGGAAAUGUCUAAUCCAUAUUGACAGAGCAGAAGCACCAUCAUCUCAGACAAACGCCGCCACUUUAAGUUCCAGUUCCCUUUCUAGCCUCAUGCAUUUCAGAGAAAUCACUUCUCUUCUAACAACAAGCAGCUAGAAAGAGAAGACAGUAAAACACAGAUAAGACAGCUGGACACAGAGGGAGGUGGGGGGCAUGUCUCUUGGGUAACUGCCAAACUUCACCUUUACACAAUGGGCCUCAGUAAAACAAUGGGCUUUUAUAAGCACAUUCCUUUCCUUUCAGGUACACUAAUAUAGAGAAGCUAAAAGCAGACUCAGGGAGGGGUGGGUAUGCCUGCAGCUGCAGAAGGAUGUUUGGGAAUAGACACACAACUCUGCCUCUCAGAUAAGCACAACAAAGAGACACCGAAGCAGUCCAAGCCUCUGGUAAACGUCCCACCCUAAAUCCUUAAAAACUCUGUAAGAGAGUGGGCUCUGACCUAACUUGGCCAGAAGCCCCUCUUAUGUUAGUUUUCUCUAAAAUAAACCUGUCCUUAACUGUCAAGCCACCUUUCAUGUUUCUUUUCUCUUUCUUUAAUUCUUAUACAUGUAUCAGGAUGAUGAUCCCUCAAAACCAUGUUCAUAAUAGUCCAGGCUAAAAGCUAGUGGCCACUGUUUGUCCAGUUGGCAGAACAUAGCCUUUGACCAUGUAACAGUCCUUCCCUGCAAGUGAAGGAUGGCGAGGUACUAAGAGAAGAGUGAAGGAUCUGGAGAUCAAAGUCCUGCAUUUCCGUUUUGUCCUGUGGUUCCUUUGCUCAGAAACACUAACUAAAUCAGGCUAGCUGUUUUCAGCCUUAUCUGUAAAGUAGAGAAAACAUGAGCUGUUGGGAAGAUGAAAAAGAAUGUGUACAUGUGCAUCUAUUUAAAUCUAACCGUGCUAAGGCGCAUAUAAGGCCUUUAGGUGGUAGGGUCUUCUGGUUGUAAUUGCCACAGAAAUAGCAGGGCUUAAGUUCCUUUGUGUGUAACUCCAGCUGACUUUAUUAGCAGCAACUCAACACUAGCAGUACCCCUGACAUACUCUGAGUACGACCUAAUUCUUCCCUCACUGGUUCAUGAUGUCCACAGCAGCAGAAGGCCAGCUCUUGCUCUGAGCCAAGUUGAACAAAAUGCUGUUGAUAAAACCUCAUUCAUCAGGAGCAUUUGGGGUUUGAUGUUUAAGUUUUGGGCCUCUGGUGUGUAUCAUAUUUCUGUUUUGUUAGAACUUAGUGCUUGUGCAAGAUUAAAUUCUAGAAUCAGGCAAUGUUCUUUUUAGAGGCCUCCAGCAAGCACUUUGGAGGUCUGUGAAUAUUUACAGCUGUGAGUCGUGGGUCUAGCCAGACACCAGAGCAUAGACAUCCUUGGCUCAUUCCUCAGAGGGAGGUGUGCACAGUUGGUAGAGUGCGCCCUUCAAGAUUUUGUGAAACAUGAAGUUUGUUUAUAUUUGGGUGCGAAUGUCUGUGUGAAUUUUGAGUUCAAAAAUAACAGGUGAUUUGAUCACAGCUAUUUGACAGUGGUGAUAGUCAUUGUAUGCCAAGACGUUUAUGAAGGGAAUAGGCAGAUUGACUGAGGUUCCUAUAUAUUUUUCCUAGUUUUACUCACCUACAAUAGCUGUAAUUAAAUGUUUCUAUUUUUCCCCUUUUUUCUCUCUUUUAUUAAUUUUUUAUUUUUUUUGAAAUGAAGUCUUGCUCUCUCACCCAGGCUGGAGUGCAGUGGUGCGAUCUUGACUCACUGCAACCUCCAUCUCCUGGGUUCAGUAAUUCUCCUGCCUCAGCCUUCUGAGUAGCUGGGAUUACAGGCGUGCACCACCAUACCUGGCUAAUUUUCAUAUUUCCAGGUGAAAUGGGGUUUUCCCAUGUUGGCCAGGCUAAUCUCAAACUCCUGACCUCAGGUGAUCUGCCCACUUUGGCUUCCCAAAGGAGUGAGCCAUCAUGCCUGGCCUCAUUCAUUAUUUCAUAAAAGUUUAGAUACUGCCAAACAAAAUUAAAGCCAUGAAAACUUUGAUAAAGUGUUAUUACAAAUGUUACUGUAAUUUAACUACUGGUGUUUAUUUUUAUUAGAGCCACAGCACCUACUUGCCUCUGCUGCAGGGACUCAAUGGUGGUGGGCAGGUUUGAUAUUACUGGGCUUACCCUUAGCAAUGCAUUCUAUUGUACCUGUGCCUAGGCAGUGUUAAAUAUAUAAGCAUCCACUGUAAGCGUACUGGAUGCACAGGUGGAAUAGAAUGCAUUGCUACGGGUAAGCCCAGUGAUAUCAAAUCUGCCCACCACCAUUGUGGUGCUUAUAUAAGCAUCUGACCCAUCGGAACAGACACUGACUGGUACAACACCAUGGUCAAUGUUGCCAAAUAGCAGCCCUUAAUCAAUAAUGAUCAAAUCCUCAGAGGUAGACUAAUUAGAAGUUUACCUCAUAAAGGUAAUUUUUGUGCCACAUCUAAUUCACAGAAUCUUCUAAGUUGGAUGCUUUCUGAAUGAUCUGGCCAAGUUGUUCUCAGCCUGGAAUUCUUGGGCUCUUGGGUGUUUAUGAAUUUGUUCUCAGAGCCUCUGAGCUCUCCACCUUCAUUUUUAAGUGUUUUAACUCUUUUUUGGUGAUAAUCUUUAAAGCUUCACAGAUGUCACUGGGCACAGUGGCUCAUGUGUGUAAUCCCAGCACUUUGGGAGGCCGAGGCGGGUGGAUCACGAGAUCAGGAGCUCGAGACCAGCCUGACCAACAUGGUGAAAACACAUCUCUACUAAAAAUACAAAAUACAAACAAAAAAAAACCCCAGAGCAAUAACAACCUCAAAAAACUCACAGAUGUGUGUCCUGGCUCUUCGAGGUGACUGCUUCACAUUUGAGUACUGCCACACAAUGGUUGCUCAUGUUCUGGGGCCUGCCCACAGAAAGUGAUGAACUUUACCUUGAAUUUUUUAAUGUAGCGUGGAUGGGCAUCUGUAGGUCUUCAGGUGCCAGUGGUGAAUCUGUUUGAAGCUUGCUUCGCUCCAUCCUCUCUUUCCAUGACAGACUCCUCCUCCACCAUCCCUCACCUCUGCUGAACGCUUUUAGCAGAGGGAACUCACCACAAGUGGGGGUAUGGAUUUGGGAGCUUGAAAGGACCCCAGUGACCCUGCAGUCCAGCCCUCUGAGUACUCAGUGAUUUACUGAAGCCUCACAGCCGUUGCUGGAGGAUUUGCAAUUCUUUGUUUCUCUGGAUUUGCCACCCUGUCCCUUCAAGCCACCUGGUUUCCCUUUUGGACAGCUUUAAUUGUUCUCUGUUCGACUGGAAGCUGCCUCCUUAGAAACUACUUAAAACCACUGGGUUUCAUUCUGAACUCCAGAGCCACACCAAGCAAGUGUAACUGUCCUCUAGUGAGACUGGCAUUGUAUGUGACAAAUUAUUUAACUUUUUUUCUGGAAGAGUUUCAGUUUUGUUGGAAGUCUGCAGUUUGCUCUUAAGGAUAUAAGAAUGUAGCAACACAUUUGUAUCUUUAAAUUUUAAGUAUGAAUUAAAAUUUUAAAUUUAGUUUAGUUUCGUUUGAGGCAGGGUCUCACUGUGUCACCCAGGCUGGAGUGCGGUGGUACCACCUUGGCUCACUGCAACCUCUGCCUCCUCUGCUCAAGUGAUCCUCCCACCUGAACCUCCUGAGUAGCAGAUGAGACUACAGGCAGGUUUUUUUUUAAACUGAACUUUUUUCUGGUAGGGUUUUAGUCUCGUUGGAAGUCUGCAGUUUGCUCUUAAGGAUGUGAUAAGAAUGUAGAACACAUUUAUAUCUUUGGAUUUUGAAUAGGAACUAAAAUUUUCUUUUUCUUUUUCCUUUUUUUUUUUGAGACAGGGUCUUACUUUGUCAACCAGGCUGGAGUAUUGUGACCCGAUCAUAGUGUACUGCAGGCUGGACCUCCUGGACUCAAACAGUCCUCCUGCCUCAGUCUCCCCUACAGGCAGGCACAUGCCACGAUGCCUGGCUAAUUUGUGUAUUUUUAAAUAUUUAUUAUUAUUUUUUGAGAUGGAGCUCACUCUUGUUGCCCAGGCUGGGGUGCAAUGGCGCUAUCUUGGCUCACUGCAUUCUCUGCCUCCUGGGUUCUAACGAUUCUCCUGCCUCAGCCUCCUGAGUAGCUGGGAUUACAGGCAUGUGCCACCAUGCCCAGCUAAUUUUGUAUUUUUAGUAGGGAUGGGGUUUCUCCAUGUUGGUCAGGCUGGUCUCGAACUCCUGAACUCAGGUGAUCUGCCCGCCUAGGCCUCCCAAAGUGCUGGGAUUAUAGGUGUGAGCCACCGCACUUGGCCAGGAACUAAAUUUUAAAAUUUAGUUUAGUUUUGUUUGAGACAGGGUCUUACUGCGUCACCCAGGCUGGAAUGCAGUGGUAUCAUCUUGGCUCACUGCAACUUCUGCCUCCUGUGCUAUAGAGAUCCUCCCACCUGAACCUCCUGAGUAGCAGCUGGGACUACAGGCAGGUGUUUUUCAAAACUGGAACUCUUAAUACAUUAAAAAAAAAUGGAAUCUUUUUAAAAAAGCACUAGAGGAAAUUUUGUGUUUAAAUAUUUGCUUAUUUGGCAAAGUAAACAACUAUUUAUUUCCUAACAUAACUUUUGCAAAUCUAAAUUUUUAUAAAAAGAUUUUUAAAUUAAAAAAAUUUAAUUGUACUUUUACUUUUUAAAGUAAAAGUACAAAAUUUAAUGUUGAGUAGGUAAUAUUUGUAUAAAGAUAUUCAUAUUGUUUGAAGAUAAGAAAAUAUAUCAAAGGUGUCCAAGGAGAGUAUUGCCCCCAAUUCUGUCCACGUAUACCCAGUCCUCCCCACUUCUACAGACAUAUUUCAGAUAGGUAUUUCUUGAAAGAAAGAACAUAUGCUGUGAAAUUUAUCAUUAGUUCUUAUUUUAAGUGAUUCUGUAAAAUGCCUGGGAAAUACUGAUAAAAUUCUAGAAUGGAAAUAACUUUGUGAGAUUUUGAACCAAGUAUUUGUAAAUAGUAGAAAUGGACUCACUAAUAAAUAAAGGAAUUUUAUUUGAUAACUUUUUUCUGA